CAUGAGCGCCGCCUACUCCGGACAUCGAAGGUGUUGAUGUUUCUCUGACAGAAGACACAAGGUGUUAUGUGAUGAGACAGCAAGGGAGAUAAUCAUUGUCAUCAAGCAUGCCGGGAGACUCUGCUCCGCUUGUUACGGGGGUUUCCCCAAAGGAGGGUCCCCCAGGAACUCGGAUAACCAUCAGGGGAGAGAACCUAGGAAUUGAUCCUAAAGAUUUCAUUGCUCUGAGGAUUUGUGGGAUGGAUUGCAUUCUGUCUGCUGAGUGGAAGACCUCCAGCAAGAUCAUUGCUCGCACUGGUCCGGGAAAAGGCAAGGGAGAUGUGAUUGUCGUCACUCGCAGUGGUGGAAUUGGUAGCUGUACUGUGGGAUUUCGAGGAUAUUUUUUGCAGACAGGCCCUCUUCAAGAAACGGCACUUUGGACUGAUGAAUCUCAGACAGUUCCCUCCAAUCUCCGUCAUGGUCGUGCAUCGUCUCCUCUCACAGACCGAGAGGAAGAUGAUCCCCUUGGCAUCUCAGAUGAGGGGGAAAGAAACAAGAUUAAUGAGGAAGAACUGUUGGAGAUGUUUCCUGAGGCAUCAGGGAAUAUUUCAUUAGAAAACUUUACGCCGGAGUGGUACUUGCUGGAAAACCACCAAAAUGCAAGUUUUGAAGACCUGAAGGCAGGGCUAGCUCAUAUGCAGCGUAAAGCUAGCCAGCGAUCUGAGGGGCCAAUUGCAAUUGUCCGAUCCAACCUUACAGCCAUCUUAGAUUGCCUUGAAAGUUUGUCAUCUAUGUAUGAGAAAUUCUCCGCAGAUGAUAUUCGUGGCGACUGCAUGAACUCCUAUGCUGUGCUGCUGAUGCAGGCCAAGUCGUGUGCGGACGGGCUGUUCCAGGAGGUGCUGGGGAGGAAGGACAAGGCCGACUCCACCAGGAGCGCCCUCAGCGUCCUGCAGAAGUUCAAGUUCCUCUUCUACCUGCCUCUCAACAUGGAGAGAAACAUACAGAGGGGCGACUACAACAUUGUGAUCAACGACUACGAGAAGGCUAAAUCUCUGUUUGCAGACACUGAAGUUGGUGUGUUUAAGAAAGUGUACCAGCAGGUGGAGAAGAGGAUCAGUGAUUUCCGAAUGAUGCUGCACAACAAGCUGCUGGAGCCGACCAUCAGCCUGGAGGAGCAGAAGAAACUCAUCAGAUACCUGAUCAGCCUAGAGUAUAAUGGAGACCCGGCCUGGGAGUGUCUGAUGAAGCAGCAGAAAUGGUUGAUCGGACUGCUGCAUGAGUGUAAGGAGGACCACCUAGAGGCAGACAAGGCCUCUGACUGGGACAUGGACAUGGCAUCUGGCAGACUGCGAGUUCCUCUCGGUACAUCCAACUUCAAGUCCAGCGUGUCCAGGGAAUCGAGUUUCACUUCCUCGUCUGAUCAACCAGGGGUCAAGUACCGGACCCCCCAGAAAGUGUUGUACAUCGAGGACCUCACGGACAUCAUGAUGGACAACUUCCCCGACUUCUGGAAACUGGGACAGGCAUACUUCACAGGGGACUUUAUGCUGAAACUUGAGAGCUCUGAGAAGGGGUUUAAGAUAGAUACAAGUAAACAUUCAAAAUUAAAGCAAAUGAUUGCAGAAAUUAUUGGCUUGUUUGCCAACCUCGUCCGAGCUGCCUUCCUGCCUGGGUCGCUGGAGAAUAUUGGCAAGACAGAGAGGGAGACAUUAGGGGUGUGGUCAGUCACGCCUCUCGGUGUCCCAGGGGCAUGGCUGCCCCACAGUGUCAGGCAAAUCAGAUCCUGUGCAUCAUCUCUCUCAAACCUGGACACACUCGGCAACUCGAUGAACUCACUACAGGAACUGGCCUUUGACCUCCGCACCAACUGCAUGUUCACCCUCCUUAAACAGGCGAUAUCAGAUGUAAAGUUGCUACACACGAAGGAGGUGUGGGCAGUGGACACAGACGAUGAGUACGGCGGCACAACCCAAUUGCCUGCGUUGUUUGAGAACAUUGUGAAUGAGGCGGUGCAGCAUCUACACGAGGUGGUCGUUCUCAACAAGCCGGGGGAGCCAGAGAUAUUCAGUCAGCGGCCAAUCCAGAAGGAAGCAACCUCCCUGUGCACUCAGCUGCUGCAGGCCUUCUCCCAGUGUAUGGAGCAGCUCGCAUUCAGCCCCCCACUGCACAAGAUGGAGACUCACAGUGUUACAUCGAUGAGGAAUGCGACUGGCCUGGACUUGAUGAUGGACCAGUUUGAAGAUCCAAUCCCAUCAUUAGACAAGCGCCUGGUGAUCAUGCUGAGCAACUGCAUCCACACCUGUGAGCGGGUCAUUCCCCGGAUCACCGAGAACCUCAACAAGCAUGGCUAUGUGGAAAUGGAGAAGGCCUCGAAGGCUGCUCAGGAGACGUAUCGCGACCUGGACAGGAAGCUGUUCGAGGCGUACAUCGAGCAGAAGUCAGACCCUAUAGUUGGAGCUAUGGAACCAAACAUGUACCGCGGGGGCUUUGAGUGGAAGCAUUGGAAAAAACCAACAGGUGUGAGGCAUUACCUGAAGGAAAUCCUAAUGAGUAUGAUUGAAGUGCAUGCAGAGGUGUUCAGCAUAUCUCCGAUAUUUGUGUUGCGUGUGAUGACAAAGAUCGCAGAGUCUGUGUGCGAGGAGAUGUCCCGUCUCAUCCACUGCAGCCCGGGCUUCAACAACAACGGCGCUAUACAGGCAAGACUGGAGUUAUAUGCACUUCAAGACACAGUGGAUGUUUACAAGACGGAAAAAAUCAGCAAGAGUUUCAAGGAGGCCCUUGCCUGUGUUCCCCAACUGUCUGGACAAGACAAGAAAUUCAUGGAAGGACUUCUGAACAAAUUCAAAUCCCACAUGAAGUUCCAGUUGAUGUGUUUUCAAAAUGAAAGUACAGUGGGGUCCACUGUGAUCAAUGAUUGAAGUGAGCUGGGACAAAGUGGAACUUUCAAGAGACAAGAGAAUAAUUUGAUGAGCCAUUCACAAGACACAAUCCACACAGAACUAAGACAUACUGGUGGCAACCUAUAAGGGGACAAAAUAGAAUGGGAAGAACUUGUUUCUUACACAUUGUGUGUCUAUCCUGAAUGUGCCAAUGUGGUGAUACAACAAAUACAACCCUUGGGCUUAAAAAAAUAAAAAGAUUGGUUCUCAGGCAAUGGCUUUUGAAUAUAUAGUGCAGGUGGGCGGUGUUUUGUUGUUGUUCAAACUAGUAUUUAACUAAAUAAACAGUAGUGUAGCAUCAACAAUAGAAAGGGCCUCCCUACAUAAAUGUAUUCCUUGAUGAAUAAAUAGUGGAAUGCAGUAUUUGACUACCGUUGGACUUUAGGAUUAUUUUUUUGAUUUUUUUGAAACAGAAAUAAAAAAGAAACAUGUAGCAAACUUUAUGAUGAGUGCCUGAGAACCAAGACUUUAUUUUUUUAAAGCCUUGUGUGAUCAUUUUAUUGAUGGCAUGCAGUACAAGUGGUUUAUUUACUGUUACAUUAAUUCCUUGUUCCCUAAGCCGCACUGUUUAUAUUUUAUGGUUUACAGAUUCUUUGCCUUUCAAUUAACAUGGGUGGCUUAUUCGCCAUAUUACGUGCCCUGCUCCUAUCAGUGCCCUCUCCACCCCCUCCCUUCGUGUCCAACAAAUGUUUCAAGUUUGUUGCUUGGUCACAAGGUAUUCAAUAGAGUAAGUUGUAUGGAUGUCCACAAAGGCCUUCUUCCCAUAUGCAGUGCAUUUGACCAAUUACAGAUGGCAAACAAAAUAAAUCCUAAAUUAUUUGACCAUAUGGUUGAAUCUGAAAAUAAAUAAAAAUAAAAGUGUGGCAUGAUGAUAAUGUGCUGGAAGGGAUGCUUGUGUCAGUGGUCUGAAACUGUGAGAUUCACAUUCCAAUGUCAUGUACACUGCUUCCCAGGAUAAAUUCGUCUCCGAGGACAACUGUUGUGAUGCUGGUCAUAACUGAAUGUCAUCUCGUACUUCACGCUGCCGUAACUUAUUGAAUUGGAUAAAAAAUGUAAAUAUAUCAUGUCAGUGUGGAUAUGUGCAAUAUCAACAUCAUAAAUAAAACAUUCAUACACAUA